CAGCCCAGAAAUGUGCAGCCUUUUAGUGAUGAAGAUGCUUCAAUUGAAACUAUGAGCCACUGCAGUGGCUUCAGUGAUCCUGCUAGCUUCACUGAGGAUGGGCCUGAAGUUGAUGAAGAAGCCACUCAAGAAGACUUAGAAUACAAAUUGAAGGGAUUUAUUGAUCUUACAUUGGACAAGAGUGCGAAGACAAGACAAGCAGCUCUUGAAAGUCUGAAAAGCGCUUUCUCUUCUAAAAUACUAUAUGAAUUUAUCAUGGAAAGGAGAAUGACACUAACUGAUAGCAUUGAACGCUGCAUAAAGAAAGGUAAGAGCGACGAACAGUGUGCAGCUGCCGGACUGGCAUGUCUUCUGUGUGUGCAGAUGGGGUCAGGAAUUGAAAGUGAAGAGAUUUUUAAGACCCUUGGUCCAGUUCUGAAGAAAAUUGUCUGUGAUGGAACAGCCAGUAUCCAGGCCAGACAGGCUUGUGCAACCUGCUUAGGGAUUUGCUGUUUCAUUGUCACUGAUGACAUUACGGAACUGUAUUCUACUAUGGAAUGCCUGGAAAACAUCUUCACAAAGGCCUAUCAGCGGGAUAGAGACACUAAUGGUGUAUCAAGUACCCAUAAUACUGUGCUUCACAUCAGUGCUCUCUUAGCAUGGACACUGUUGUUGACCAUUUGUCCAAUGAAUGAAGUGAAGAAGAAAAUUGAAAUGCACUUGCAUAAACUUCCAAGUCUGCUGUCUUGUGAUGAUCUCAACAUGAGAAUAGCUGCCGGAGAAACACUAGCCCUUCUGUUUGAACUGGCCCGCGAAACAGAUGCUGAUUUCUUUUAUGAAGAUAUGGAACUUCUAACAGAGAAACUAAGAGCUCUGGCUACAGAUGGAAACAAGCACCGAGCCAAGGUAGAUAAAAGAAAGCAGCGAUCUGUCUUCAGAGAUGUCCUACGAGCUGUUGAGGAGCGUGACUUUCCUACAGAGAUGGUUAAGUUUGGACCUGAGCGCAUGUACAUUGACUGCUGGGUUAAAAAACAAACUUACGAUACCUUCAAGGAGGUUCUGGGGUCGGGGAUGCAAUAUCAUUUGCAGUCAAAUGACUUUCUUCGGAAUGUGUUUGAACUUGGUCCACCAGUAAUGCUAGACGCUGCAACUCUUAAAACAAUGAAGAUAUCCCGUUUUGAAAGGCACUUGUGCAACUCUGCAGCAUUCAAGGCUCGGACAAAGGCUAGAAGUAAAUGUCGUGAUAAAAGAGCAGACGUGGGGGAAUUUUUCUAGAUCUUCUUUUCCAUGGGGUUCAAUUUUAAGUAUUUCAUAAUUAAAAUAGAUUUGUAACCUGUAAAUGAAUUUUUUUAAUUUCUGUAAUCACAGUUUGCACUUGUGCACAGGGAUGUUGUAUAAAAUCUGUAAAUACAAUGCAUGUUGUUGCUUAGUUGCAUAUACACUGUACAUAGAUUGAUGUAAGACUGGGUGCAGGGAUACGUUGUAACACUUACGCUAGCUGCAACUUGUUCCAAAGGCGAAUAUAUUGUAACUGAACUGUUCAAUGAGGUGGAUAACUGUAGCCAAAGGCUGUGUGGCAGAUUGGAUUCCUUACGUUAUAUAAAAGGUAAAUUAAAUGAAUUCACUGACCGUGUUUUGGUAAGAAUGUGCUAAUACAAAAAAGAUGAUCUUGUUCGUGUGAAGUUAUUUUAGUAACUUUUUUUAAACUCUUCAGUGGCAGGUGGACAAAGAAAUUUCUGCAGAGUAUGACUUUAUCCUGAAUGGAUCUAUAAAAUUCAUUAACCUUCACUUAGAGUGAAGUAGUGAAAUGACAAAUACUUGCCUCAAUGCAAAAUAGAAACAAUAUUCUCAUGUUCUGAAAUUGGAUGUUUAAUUUUUGGAAUAAAGAUGUUUCUCACUG